AGGCGCCCCCCGGUUUCCGCUUCUCCCCCGUUCCAUCCCAUCCCAUCCGCUUCUCAUCACCGCCAUUCCCUUCCUCAGCCCUCCUUACCGUCUUCCACCCAUCUUCUCUCCUGUUCCUCCUUCCUGCCCUUUAUUACCUACUAUCUCCUUACCGUCAUCCCCUUCCUCUCCUUCCGACCCUUUCUCCUACGCGUCCGCAUCCGUCUUCCAUCCCCCCUAAGGCAAGGCCUUCUUUCUCGAGCUUGUUGCUCACUCCAGUCGUCUCCGCAGCCGGCCGUUGACCCAUCCGAGUCAUACUUCGUACUCAUCUCGGCCGUUACAACUCUCACGACAACGCCACAAUCGACUUCGGCAAGCUUCAAAGACCCGAUUCACUCGCCCAACUCUGUGCUUUUUGAGUCUCAUCGAGAGAAAGAAGGAUCCUUCAUUGCCGCCAUCACUGUCGUACCCAUUGCUCGUCGCGACCUCGUCCUGCCUCCAGAUCGAGUCCAUAGUCCCAGGCGCAAGCAAGCAAGCACACACGCACGCACACACGCAAGCAAGCAAUCGGUUCUCGCCAACGACUCGUGAAAAGACCAUUGGUUCAACCUCAGCAUCUACAAGACAACAAGACGCCGCAGUUGCCCCUUGGUGGCCGGAAUCAUUCGAGCCUCGAGGGCACCGGCAACCUCAACAGUCGGACUCCACUGGGUCGUUGGGGUUCCCCCCCGGCACGACAUUGUUGACGAAGCUGCUUGUGUCCCCCGAUUGUCUCCGUUGUCGCUCUCCACUGGUCGAAUAUUCUUUGUGCCAGGGUGAGCGUAGCUCGGCUCUUGUCGGCCUCGAGUACGACAGGUUGCGAGUGCCGUUGCUCCCCCUGUGGAAUUCCUGCGACGCCGCUACCUACGACGCUACAUCAGAACGCCUUGCUUGAUCUCAACGGCUCCGUCCCACGCCGUCUUUCAACGCCACUACCUGACGAUCCCCUCUCGCUCAGUCAACAACCAACGAUCUCCAUGUCAUCAUAACGAUUUCCUCCUUGUCUAUUCGCCUUUGGAGCCCUCUGGCUCACAGCGCUUCCACGCCACGACGUUUCGUUACCAUUGCAAUUUCCUUUGUUCGCUAUACUCAUCAUUCCAUCAUCAAAUGAGCUGUUGACUUCGCCAUCGUCACCGCCUGCUGUUAGUGUUGUCGGAUGCUUCACUGCCUUGACCUAUCAGAGCUCCUGUACAUUUCAACAACCUGCCUUCACGCGCUACCUACAGCUCCCUGAGUUGCUCUAUUUCUGCUCAUUUUGGGUCACGUACUCCUGUACACACGAUUUCAAAAGUUGCACCGCCCUCGAUCUCGACGGCUGUACUUUUGGCGGCUUGGCCUAAUCAACUUUUCGAGUCUUGUACGACUACCCUCUGUUCUACCUCUUUGCCAACAAGUACCUGUCUUUCUUUCAUCACCUGUCAGCCAUGGAAUGCCUGCGAGACAAGUUUGUCGGCGGCGUCCUUCUGGACGGCCGAUUCCAAACCAUCUCGCCUCUCAACCACGGCUCUUUUGGCAUGGUCUUCAUGGCACAGGAUCUCUUGACGAACCAGCCUGUGGCCAUCAAGUGCCUCACCAAGAAGUCGGCGCCUGGUGACGCCGGUCUUGAUUUCGCCGUCGAUGACAAGUCUGAGGAAUAUGCCCUCCACAGCAGCCUUGGCAAUCACCCAAACAUUGUCAAUCUCAUCCAUUCUUUCGAGACAGACGCUCAUGUCUAUCUUGUCAUGGAAUUCUGCUCGCAGGGAGAUUUGUAUGAGGCUAUUCGCAACGGCCAUGGUCCCCUUCAGACUGAACACGUUCGGCAAUUCAUGCUUCAAUUGGUCGACUCCGUUGACUACAUUCAUUCAAAGGGUGUCUACCAUCGCGACAUCAAGCCGGAGAACAUCUUUCUCACUCAGGAUGGCGCCAUGAAACUCGGCGACUUCGGCCUGGCCACGACGGACAAGUGGUCUUACGAGAUGACAGUUGGCAGUGAUCGUUACAUGGCUCCUGAGCAAUUCGACUCCGCUGGCGCUGGUUACUCGCCCGCAGCGGCUGACAUCUGGGCCAUCGGCAUCUGCCUGCUCAACAUUUUGUUUUCGAGGAACCCGUUUACCACUCCCACCGAGGCCGACCCUCUGUUUCUUGAUUUCUCGCGCGACAAGCAAAGCCUGUUCGACGUCUUCCCAGACAUGUCCCAGGAUACUUACGAGGUCAUUGUUCAAUGCAUGAACCUGGAUCCAAAGCGACGAUCCCUGGUCGGUGCACGAGAGGCGCUUAUGCGUGUUGAGAGUUUCACGACCGAAGAUGAAUCGCUUGACGACUUUUGCGGCGCUGAGAAGGCCACGGUGGUGUCUGCCAACCGUGAGCCCCUCCGCACGCCGUCCAUCCAGAGUCCCCACGUCGAUUCUGGAGCGUUCCCUUGGGCCAAGGCCUUGCAUGCGAGCCCUCAUCAGGCUCGUCAACUCAGCGCCAUUCCUGACGACGAGAGCUACACCGAGGACCUCUUUUCGAAGUCCGGCGAAACUGCGGACUGGUGUUCGGCCAGCAUUCAGACACCGUCUUCGUCAAUGCUCGACUCUCAUCUGGGACUCUCGCUCAAAUCCGUCGCUGUUGGAUCCACCCGCUUUCCGAAAGUCUCACCGACAGCUGGGUCGCUUCCCAUCAGCGUGGCAAAGCCACUCACGGUAUCUAUGUCGACGGUAUUUGGCCGUCGCAAGGAUGCUGUAUCCAAGAGCUGGAGUGACAUGUGGGACGAAGACGAGGAGGAGGAACAUGAACGGGAGAUGCAAGCCCGCCAGGCGCUCAACGGGAGGACCUGGAGCCACGAGAGCAGUGGCACUGAGAAGAAGGAAGAAGAUAAGUCGGAAGGCGAGGCUACACCUCACAUCAUCAAAGGCGACGUCGAUGAGGAUCUCGUUGCAGAUGGUUUCUUCUUCCACGACUCAGACGCUGUCAAGAAAGCGACACCUCCUACCCCACGCUAUUCGCCACCGUCGAAGCGAUUCAAUUUUGACAAGUGGGCAGCGCUCGGUGAGCGUCGCAGGGGUCAGGGGUUCAAGCCACUCGCAGAAAAGUCGCCGAUUCUGAAGGCUGGACGUCAAAUUGGUCUUGGAUACAAAUCUUAUGAAGCGGGCGUUUUGGAUCAUUCUUAUCACAACAUCAACAACACAAACAAAUCUUGGGGCAGAGAACGAGUCAAGGAAUGCCCACGAAACAAAGGGAGAGAUUGGAACUGGCGCCGGGACCGGCGCUCCGAUCUCGGGGACAUUGAGUGGGUUGGUGGGUGGUAGAGAGUUGAGUCUCUCUCGUACACCUUUCCAAUCGUGGUUGAGGCCGUGUCGAGGCUUCGAUGAGCAGUGGCAGCACUCACGGCGAGACUGGUCAACACGUCUGCCUGCAUCGCCUUUUCGAUGGUGCCGCAGAUGAAAUCUAUUCGAACCGUCUUGGCUUGGCCGCCUGGUGUUGGUCGCUGUUGUGCAUCGGGGCAUGGUUUUGAGCCUCAACUCGCUUUCUGCGUAUUAGAUAUUGUCAGAGAUAGGUCACACAAUACCAGAAGUUACCCACUCAAAAUAUCUUCUUUGUGGCCAAUGACGUGAUAUAGACCAGAGAUCGGUUGGACUGAUGAGGUGCACAGAUACUUAUCCCGUUGCGUGUCGCCGGAAACAUGACUUUUGCGUGAUACGACGGGAUCCUGGAUUUCAGGCGUAGCCGACCUCAAGUUGUACAUCGGAGGGCACAUUCUACGUCGCAAACAGCUGGCGCACUGAUCAGGUCUUCAUGUUUUAUUUCGGCACGGAAGCGAGGCGGAACAAAGCGUUGCACUUAUUUACUCAUAUGAGCACCUUAGAACGAGAGCUAGCCCUCCACAAGAAUGCACUCCCGUACGGUAGAUGUUAAAUUGGCUCAAUAUGAGCCGUACAUAAGCGCGCAGCGCAGAUGACGGAGUUCGACACGAGGGCGUCCGUGCUCUGCGGCCACCGGGUCGGGGAGACAAGCGCGAGCAAGCUACGCGCCGACAAGGUGCUUGGGGAGAAAGGUCCAGACGGUGCCAACCAAGCCCAUGAGGGAGAAAACGGCGAGGAGGGCCCAGGAGGCGAGGCGCUCGCGCAGAGGUAUGCUGUGCCAGAAGAGCUUGAGGUAGAACGAUAUGGGGAGAAUGACCGAGAUGAGAGAGCAGAGGGCGGCGCCGAGGAAGGCGCAGACCGAGUCGAAGGCCGGAAAGAGGAUAGAUAUGACUAGCAGGACGAAGACGACGCAGAGGCGGACAAGAACGCGGAGAGAGGUGGUGAGCACGUGUGAUCGGCGGGUCGUAGCGGACUGGGCAUGGUGGUGGUGGUGGUGGGUGGCGUGUAUACCGCAUAUGAC